CAGCCACUGCAUGUGCUCUCCCACUCACACCACACUGCAUGGUGCGGCCACUGCUCGAGCAGGGCCGGCCAUGAUCGAAACACCCCAAUCCUCCACCCACGCACGGCAUGGGCUCGCGCUAUCAUUUCCCUUCCCAUCGCAGCAACAGGCGACCGCUCUUUGCUUGUGCUCGAAGACGAGUGCCGCGGAGUCCCUCCCAUGGAAUGGACCAGCGACAGUGCACGCCUAUGCAUCGGCAUGGGAUCGAAUCUCUUUGUUGGUAGCAUGGCACCGAGCAUCAUCGCUUUGCUUCAUUCGUAUCAUCAUUAAUCUCCGUGAUCUUUUCCUCUUUCUCUCUAUUUAAGUGUCUCCUCUGCUCUGUUUUGGUGAUCCUGACCCGAACGCUUUCCCCCCUCUGUCCCUGCGAGCAGGCGAAAUGGUCCCGUCUUUAUCCCUGAUGCUGAUGGUUGUGCAGUUUCUGAUGGCGCAAGUACAUCCAUACGCAUACACCUCGAUGAAGAGACGGACUUACAUAGUCCACAUGGAUGCCACCGAGAUCGCAGCUCUCGACGACUCCCUCGGUGGAGCCACCAGAUGGCCCCAAGCCGUGCUCGACUCCCUCUCGCUUUCGCGCGGAGAGGGAGAAGCAGAACCAGCACCUCAGCUACUAUACGUCUACGACACUGCCCUCUCCGGGUUUGCUGCCACACUGUCGGCCAAACAAGCGGAGUCCCUUCGACAGCUCGAUGGAGUCCUCACGGCCUACCCUGACGAGUUGAUCCAUCUCCAUACCACGCACAGCCCGGACUUCUUAGGCCUAAACCCUGGCAAAGGCCUCUGGAGCUCGCGCAACUUGGCUUCCGACAUCGUCGUCGGCGUGAUCGACACUGGAAUUUGGCCGGAACAUGCUAGCUUCAGCGACACCGGUUAUUCCGGCGUCAACCUCAGUCGAUGGAGAGGCGCUUGUGAGGCCGGCAGAGGCUUUUCCGCCAGCAACUGCAACAGGAAGCUCGUCGGCGCCCGGGCCUUUUGGAAAGGUUAUGAGGCCGUCGGAAGCAGGAUAAACGAGACUAGCGAGUACCGGUCGGCUAGGGACUCUCAAGGGCAUGGCACCCACACUGCUUCCACUGCGGCCGGCAACAUCGUCGCCGGUGCAAGUCUUCUUGGCAACGCCAAGGGCUCGGCGAAAGGGAUGAGGUAUACUGCUAGAGUUGCAGCCUAUAAAGGAUGCUGGAACUCAGGUUGUGCCAGUUCGGACAUACUAGCUGCAGUGGAUCGAGCGGUGGCGGACGGGGUCGACGUUCUGUCUCUCUCCCUUGGCGGUGGAUCUCGAGAGUACUACUCCGACAGCGUCGCUAUUGCUGCCUUUGGGGCUGUCCGCAAAGGCGUGUUCAUCUCCUGCUCGGCCGGUAACUCAGGCCCUUACGAGUCCACCGUGAGCAACACUGCCCCGUGGAUCAUGACAGUCGCUGCGAGCUACCUCGACCGACGGUAUCCGACUUCAGUGAAGCUCGGCAAUGGCCGUACUUUCGAAGGUGCGUCUCUUUACGCGGGGAAGCCUACGGAACUUGUACCGAUCGUCUACGGUGACACCGCCGGUGGGCGAGGGGCGCGGUUCUGCAUUGCCCGUUCUCUCUCGUCGAAGCGUGUGAUGGGAAAGAUGGUCCUCUGUGAUCGAGGCCUCAUCAGCCGGACGGAGAAGGGCGAGCAAGUUAAGCUCGCAGGAGGCGUUGCGAUGCUCUUGUUGAACUCCGAAGAGCAAGGAGAAGAGCUAUUCGCCGAUCUACAUGUUCUGCCCGCCUCAUCUUUAGGGGCUGCCGCCACCACGGCCAUCAAAAGCUACAUCGCUUCGUCGAAGACGCCUACUGCCAUGAUCACCUUCGAGGGCACGGUUUAUGGCAAAACUGCGCCAAUGAUGGCUGCAUUCUCGUCGCGAGGGCCGAGCUUGGUCGGACCAGACAUUAUAAAGCCCGACGUUACGGCACCAGGCGUGGCCAUAUUAGCGGCAUGGCCACCUUCUGUGAGCCCUUCUCUUGUCGACAGCGAUCAAAGGAGGGUUAACUUCAACAUAAUCUCCGGCACCUCCAUGUCUUGCCCACACGUAAGCGGGCUUGCGGCACUCCUCAAAUCAUUGCACCCCGAUUGGUCUCCGGCCGCCAUAAGAUCAGCACUGAUGACCACUGCUUUUUCUGUAGACAGCCAAAAUGCUUCUAUCAUUGACGUGAGCACUGGACUGCCUGCGACGCCAUUCGUUCUGGGAUCCGGCCAUGUCGACCCAGAGAAAGCUUCCAAACCAGGCCUGAUCUAUGACAUUGCCCCAGAUGACUACCUCAACUAUCUCUGUAGCUUGAAGUACACUCCCCAGCAACUGGCAACUUUCGCGGGGAAGAAGUACAACUGCCCCAAGAACAAGAUCAUUCGAGCAAGGGACUUGAAUUAUCCUUCGUUCUCAGUGCUAUUUGACAGUGGGAGAAAGAAAGCUACUCUGACACACACAAGGACGGUGACCAACGUGGGGCAGGCGCCGUGCGGAUACACAGUGAAUGUACGCGAGCCGCAGGGCGUGAGGAUUACGGUGAAGCCGAAGGUGUUGACCUUCAACAAGGUCGGGCAGAAGAUGAGGUACAUGGUGACGUUUUCUACUGUAGGUGGUCAUGGUUCUGCUUUCGGGGAGUUGGCAUGGGUAGGUGACGACGCUACAAUUCGCAGUCCUGUCACAGUGACAUGGCAAUAGAUGGCUAGGAAUUUCUAUUAACGUUUUGGCGAAGAUUAUAAAACGUGGAUAUGAAUAAUCGAUAUAACAUAUGACGAUAUACGAUCUGAUGUCAUAAUUAAUCCAUUUUAUUGAUAUGGGUGAUGGUUACAUCAGUAGACAUUUAUCAAUCAUAGGAAGGUUUUUUUUCCUCUUCUCUAAGAUUAUUU